AUGGAACGUCUCGUAAAGAAGAGAAAGGUCAUACGAGCUCAAAUUACGCGACUCAUCAACGACUACGAGAAUCGGCCACAGCCACUCGAUGAAAAUGAAGCGGCUAUCCUGCACGCCAGACUUGCCAGUUGGCAUAACGAAGUGAACACUGUCAACGACGAAAUCGAGCCGCUGGUGACAGAUGAAGACGCGGAGAACGAGUUCCAACAGACGUGCGAAUAUAAAGACCGCAUCGUAGCCUGCCUCGCUCGCCUGCAGCGGCAAAUGACUGUUACGAGUCGCCCAACGAACGCCGAACCAGCGGGAAAUGGCAGCGCUUCACAGACGACGUCGGAGCUUAGGACAAGGGUGAAGCUCCCGAAAUUUGAGCUUGUAAAGUUCAGCGGGCGGCGCUCAGACUGGCAGCCGUUUUGGGAAGUGUUUGAACAGGUGGUUGACAAGAACGAAGAACUGUCACUAAUUGACAAAUUCCACUACCUGAGGUCGUCAGUCACCGGCGAUGCUGCUGCUGCUGCUCUUGCGGGGAUACCACCUACGUCUCGAUGCUAUCGCGACGCCGUAGAGCUUCUGAAAGGGCGUUUCGGGAACAACGAGCUCCUGAUGCAAGAGCACAUGAGGAGUCUGCUAGACAUCAAGCCGGUGCGCUCUUCGGAUGACGUACGAAGCCUUCGCCGCCUCUACGACACUCUGGCCGCACACAUAUGCGGACUUGAGUCGCUGGGAAGGAAACUUCACACCUACGGUGCAAUGCUGCUACCUGUGGUUCAGAGGGCCAUGCCUCGGGACAUUCUUCUCGACUUUGGAAGGAAGUGCGCCACGGACGCCAACUCUACUUUCGACGAUCAGCGGAGUUCAUCUACCGAGGGACCGGAGCCAACAACACCGGAGGGAGACAGAGGAGAUUCAUAG